AUGCUUCACUCUUCGUACGACGUCGCUAGUGAUUUUGCUGCUAAAAUGCAGACGGCGGCUGCUCAACCGCCUCGGAAUGCUCUUCUCAGUGUUGGUGAGUUGGCAAUUAAAAAAGAAAGAAAAAGUGUCUAACGAAAUUAGGAAAAACAGGAGCGAUAACAACAAGCAAACACAAUGUUAACUUGGUUUAUGAAAACCUAAACCUGAAGUGUAUGUACACUAGUUUCGAAAUUGGGCUAGCUCCCAACUUAACAUAAGGUCUGAAAAUUCGCAUAAAAAGAAAAUUAUUGUGCUUUCGACAAGCCUGAGCAUUCCAAGAUAAUUUUGAGAGAAAAAUACUUUUUGACCUAAAACUUUUUCCAAACUUUUUGCUCGUUGCCGAACCUCAUAUUUCAUAACGUGUGGGGUACUUCAACACAUUCCACACCAGCUGUGCCGUGCUCCACUCUCCUCCUUUCCUUUACACAUUUUUUGCGUCCUUCUCGUGUCCGGGAGGCUCAUAUAUCACUUAUCUCGUCAAAACCGAAGCCACACACAAAACUCUUUCCCGCAAAAAAACUUCCGUUAUCAUUUCGGGGAGUAUUGAUUCGAUUUGAUCGAAUAACAUGGCAUUUUUUUGAUGUUACUGUAUUUAUAAUGGGACAAAAAGGGAAAGGAGGGGGCAAAAGGGAGUUAUCAAUUUGAAUGUCAACAGUAUGUUCGUACAACACGAGCCGUGAGCCGAUCAGCAAACACCCAUCCCCAACACAAAUUGCGGGGCCUUAAAGCCGUCCGAGACACUCUUCAAAACUAGCAAAGACAUUAUAGACAUUGGAGGAGGAAUAGAGACACCGAAGAAGAUACUUUAUGUCCUUUCUCUUUAUUUUGAUAUCACAUGCCGAUUAAGUGGGUCGGGCCGACAAGAGGAAAUGAAAAAGAGCAGUUAACAAUGUUUGCCCACAGGAUACUGUAGUCGCGCACUGGUCUUCAGAUCUUGCGGUUUAAUGAACAUUUGGAAACUUUAAAGAAGGGACGGUUGCGAAAUGUCUCAUUUUACAGACCAGCAACUGCAACUAAUGAACACGAUCAAUAACAUGGUCCGUGCGAGUCAGUUCACUUCUCAGCUGGCCAACACCAUUUUUACACUUUGUGCUCAACUCAAGACUUCGGGUUCAAUGCUGGAACAAUCGCAUAAAAGUGGAGCCUGAAUUAUAUUGCUGAAAUUGCAAGAAAACAUUUGCAGAUGAAUUGAACAAGGUGUUCACAUCUCUGCGUCAGGCUUGCUGCCGAGACAACGGACAAUUGGGUACUCCGUGCCGGUUGAAGAUUAUGGAAUUGGUCGAAUUGAGAGCGAUGAACUGGAGAACCAAUCUGGCACACAGCCAAUAUUAUGUCAACAGGCCUGAAGGACGUCAGUGCUCAUAUCGUGAAAAAAAGUGAAAAUGUUUGGGAGCAAUUUCAGAACACGAUCCAGCACCAACCGUGGGUAUUCCUGCUGUGACGACGCAAUCUAGUUCGGUGACGUCACCUGUACCGUCAUCUCCGAACCCGCCAAUGCAGUUUGUGCCUCCCAAUCCAAUGAUGUUCGCUCAGGAUCCAAUGGGCGGGAAUCGUAUGUUUUGUUUCAUUGAAUAAAACUUCAGACCCAUGUCAGGUGCUGCUUAAAGCAAUUUCGUAGUUUGUAGUAUAAGCAUAAUUAAACUUCGGUUCUGUGUGGUGCUGCUUAGACUACCAUCUACAUAAAUAUGUUAAGCAGCGCCAAAAUUUAGGUAUUAUAGUGGCACCUCACAGAAAUGGCGCUCUGUUGAGAAACUCUUUUUGCAUUGCGAAUUGAGUGACCUCGGGGCCGAGUUUGAAAAGUUAGGCCACGUUUUGAGUGGAAAAUUACUUCGCGGCCUAGAAAUUCGGCAAGAUUGCGAACAACGCGUUAUUUCUGUGAGAUGCCCCUAUAAUAAGCAGUUUCCGAUAAAAGCAACUUUACAGCGAACACCGGCGGAAUCUUCUUCAUUCCGGCAGCCAGCACAUGGAUGAACCCGUUAAUGCCAAUGCCCCCGAAUCCAUUCAUGCCGCACUCGAUGCUUCCGCCCGACCAUCAAAUGUUCCUUCGUCAACGGAGUCUCAACAAAAAACCGAAUUUGAUGAACAAAACGCUACAAUUGCGUCACGAGAUGAUCAUCAGAAACUCGGAUUCCGGCAAAAUUAUGGGUGUGAAGGGACGACGAGUGGCGGCUGUGGAACAGCUCACUGGAACCGUCAUCUCUUUUCAAAAGGUACUUGGAUUUUGGAGGUAUUAUCAAAAAUGAUUGAUUUCAGGUGGAUGCUAAGAGCAAGGAGCGAACACUGACAAUCACCGCUUCCAACAUGGAAGAUAUCGAGCGGGCCAAGGAUAUGAUCAUUGACACGAUUCGGAGAAAUAUGAGUCCUAUUCGGGUAUGUAAAACUUCACAUUUCGAAAGCUAAAAGUCACCUUUUCAAAAUAAUCUCUUUCAUUUUCAGUCCGACAUGCCAAUGGCUCCUCCCAUGGCAAUGACCACUGAAACAUCGACUUUUAAUGCUCAAAAUGCGGAGGAGGAGGAUGAUGAAGACGACGACGAGGACAUCAAAUUGGAGCAGACUUCCGACGGAAAGCUCACUUUCCAUUGCGAUGACCCGGAGCUCUUGGCCGCUGCUCAGGAGGCUCUUUCCGCCUAUUUGCGUGUCCGUGCCCGUCCGAGUGCCGAGGAGCGCGAGAAAAAGAAGGAGCGUCGCAAGUCGAUGCCCUUGCAACAGUCCAAUCAUCAACAGGAACCUGUGCUGAAGCCGGCCAAGACUUUCCACGGAUCCACACCGAAUCUCGCCGAUGGUCUCGCGGCGACCACUACCGUAGUGGUGGCCAGCACGAUUCCGGCUCCAGCUACUCAGAUUGCGGACGUAAGUAAGCGGAAAACGCUUCUUGAAACUCUAAUAAAAUCGUUUCAGUCGAUCCGGUACACUCGUGAAACUCUGAUCCAGGCUCGUGACUUGAAACCAUCAAUGCCGACGGAAAUGCGCAACGAGAUCAAUCGUGUGGCUCCUGAUAUUUUGCUCGUUUAG